AUGUCUCAGAUCACCGUCGCCAUCUACGUUUUCCGCAAGUCGUGGUGGUCAGACGACAGGAGAUUGCUGCAAGCAGCGAUCCUGCUCUUCGUCCUCGGGAUCCUCAAAUGCCUGGAGAAGCCAUGGGCUCUCAAGAACGCGACCGUCACCACCAUCAUGACCACCCCCGAUUCACGGCUUGAAGCAACCCUUGACAAAGACAUGGUGCGAAAGGACAUCCUUUCACUCGACAAGUACGUGCAAGAGGCAGCGAAGAGCGUCCAGGACUUGGCGGACACGCUCCUCGCCGAGGACUUCAAAGACAAACUUGGCGACGAGCCCUACCACCUCUUCGUCGACGUCGGCCACCCCUACUUCGUCCGGCUCAAGAACCUGCAGGAGACCAUGGCGCCAAGCGGGGCGAGAGAGGCGGCGCACGGCCUGGUGCGCUCGUCCCUCUCCAAGGCGUUCGACCGCCUCUACACCAAGCUUCACUAGCGGCGGAGCCUCGGCGGCCUGCUGCGCGCCGCCG